AUGGAGGUAGUCAACCCACGCGUUGCACUUUUGUCAAAUCUUGAAGUCCUCACGUUGCUGCGGGAGCUCGAGAGUGAUCACCUCACCCGCACAAAGUUAGCACAACGCAUCAAGAAAGAGGAAGAGGCCUCUGGAACUGUUCAUGGGUCCUCUACAUUAGCAAAUAUCAAUGCGCAUCUGGAGGCGACGGAAAAUCUAAGAACUAUCGAAGUGGAGGCUAUUGGUUACCUCUCAGCUGACUACCUCCCAACGUCGUCUCAGUCCGCGGAAGGAGUUACGAAGCUCGUGAAGGAUCUUGCACCCUACGAGCUAACGAAGGCGGAGAAGCUGCAGGUGGUGAAUCUUGCUCCAACACUUGCUGUGGAACUGUAUGUUAUCGUAGAAGAACUGGAGGACAGGCUGGGAGAUCGCAUGGAGGAGAUCCUGACUCACGUCCGAUCAUCUACAGCGACCGCAGCGGCGUCCGCGUCCCAAAGCAUCGGGAUGGGUUCCGUUGAUGACGUGGUGCAUAUAGAAGAAGAUAGCUGGCAACACAACUCCGGGGAAGACGCUGAUGGGAUUAUUGACGAGGACAUGUUUGAUGACACGGGUGAGGGCGCUGGCGUGGAGGGUGAUCUUGAUGUGGAUGAUGACGAUUAA